UAAUAAUAAUAAUCAUUAUUAUUAUAUCAGCUACGGCGAAUUCCUACACGAGUCGUGGAAAAUCUGUUCGGGCCCGUAUCGCCACGAUUCGCUUGCCGCAACGACAACAAUUGCUAACUAUUAUAAAUCAUCGUUGAUCGCGUGUCCAUCCCUUGUGCUUGUUAAAAGUUAUGUUAGAGUAACGCUGGUUGUCGUCUUAAUUGCACGUAUGAUGGUUUUGCGUUUUACCAUACAAGGAGAAACACUGUUGAGUAAUUAUUAUUAUGACGGACAGUCAAAUGGUAAUCGUGAAUACAGAACGCGAUGUGGAACGCACCCAAAACAGUUCAACAACAGAGGCUUCGAGCACGGCUAGUGACUCGCCUACGCCCACCAACAGUGUCCAGGAUAAGAAUUGGGUUCAUUGGCACGGACCAACUUGGGGUGAUGAACAGCGACAAUUAUUGGGUACUGAAGAGGAAGCAGAUUCAUCUGACUGUGAAACAGUUUCAAACAAUGGUAUUGGAAUUUGGAGUAUGAAUGAGGAACAGAGUAAAUAUUAUGAAGAACAGUUUGCAUCAAUGCAGCCUAAUCCAAAAUCUUUACUAUCUGGCUCAAUAGCCCGAUCAUUUUUUGAAAAAUCACGUUUGCCAUUACAUGAACUUAAAGAAAUAUGGCAAUUGUCUGAUGUAACCAAAGAUGGAGCACUUUCUUUAGCUGAAUUCAAACUGGCCAUGCAUUUAGUUGUUCUUAGACGCAAUAAUAUUACUCUACCUAAGAAACUACCGCCAUCAUUAGUGCCACCAGCUAUGUCACCAGUUCAGAUAAAUACUACAAAUAAUACUAUUGUAUCACCAACUAGCAGUAUUAAAAGCAAAGAAUGGACGAAAUUCAUUGAUUCUCCAACUAGCUCAUUGUCAUCACCUGGACCAAAGCCAGUAAAUUUUGAUUUUCAAAAGUCUUCUGUUGAACAAGAUCCAAAAAUCUUACAUCCAGUUGCUGUCCGAGUUACACCCGGUAUUGAUAAUUGUUUAGAAGACCAAGAAAAAGAAACACUAUCAAAUAAUGUCGAGGAAAUGGUUUUAAUCAAAUCAAUUCAGAGGCCUCAAGCUAAAAAGCUUAGUCAUGUAGGACCAGGUGCUCUUCCUCCACCACCUUUACCAACAUAUUAUGGUGAAGAUAUAAAUUCAGGACCUGCAAGUUUACCAGUAGCAAUAGCAAAAAAAGAACCUCCACCACCACCACCACCGCGGCCAUAUCGUGCUCACAUGCGUAGUUCCUCUCUUGAUCUCAAUAAACUUGGCAAAUUUGGGGCUGUAAAUUCAACUCAAGGACCUCCUCCAGUUGUUCCUCCAAGAAUAACUCCUAGUCCAAAUUCAAAUGUUGAAAUUAAUGGGUUGAGACAAAAUUGUGAGAGAACAGAAACUGGUCAAUUUGCUGAUUUUGCACAGUGCCCUGGGGCUUUUCAAAUUUACAAAAAACCACUUUCAGAAACACAAAGUAAUGAAAACUCAUCUACAACCGGAUCAGAAAUACAUGGUGUACAACCACUAGAGUCAUCUACAUCUAGCAAAUUGGAAGAAAGAAAUGCUCAUCUACGUCUAGUCUAUCAAGAGCUGCAAAAACAAUUGAAUGAUUUACGUGAAGAACGUGCUGGUUUACAAUUGCUCUUGGAUACCGUUCAUAAAUCAUCUCCACCUUCAUUUUAACCAUUUGUUAAUAUAACAAUUUCUUUGACUUAUAUUAUCAACAGAUAAGUACACUUCAUCGUCAUCAACAUUUAUUAUUAUUAACAAUGAUCUUAAUGAAUCCAUUAUCACUAUGUUUUAAUUAUCACAAUAAUAUAUUGUUAAUAUUAAUAAUAUUACCUAUUUAUUUAUAUUUAUUAUCAUACUUAUCUGUUUGGUUUAAUAUUAUUAUUAUUGAAAUGUAUUGUUACUUUUUUUUUUGACCAAGUGUUAAUAGAAUACAUCAAAUAUUAGAUCAUGUUUUUAACUGAGACAUUUUAAUUUUAAUUUUUGAUGUAUUUACUGUUAAACUUUAUAUGUGAUUUAUAUUAUUUAUUCAUUAUUGUAUUAAUUAUUUUAUCUUUUGUCUAUUGUAAUAUUGGUAUAAUUUAGUUUUAGAAACAUUAAAUAAAUAAUAACUAUUAAUUUAAUUUCUCUGCACUCCAUUAAUCAAUUAAAUAUAUAAUAUAUAUUUCAUAUUACUUUUUUAAAAUUAGGAGUGCAGAGUAAAAUAAAAAUAAGAAUCUUUUAUUAUUGCUAUAUGAUGAAUGAAUAUGUUAUUUAAUAAUAAGAAGAAUAAAGGCAGCUUCUCCAUACAGAA